AUGGCUUUCACGACUUCUUCUAUAGAGUUCGCCAUUGCACUUUUAUUGGGGCUGCCCGUUGUCUUUUUCGCUAGUCACUAUGUCAACCGAGCUGCUCGUCGGAACAGCAGCCGACGCCAGAGGGGAGUCAAAGUACUUGCGCACGGCGCCAAUGCCGAGAAGAUCGAAGUGGACAUCGUCGCCGUCCACGGCCUCGGAGCGCAUCCCGAGUUCACUUGGACAACCAAAAUCGAUCCACAACAAUGUUCGGACAGAACCAAUGCUGGCCGGUGUGCUCACGUGCCCUGUCGUAGCAACUGGCUAGUGGACUUCCUCCCUACCGACUUCCCCGAAGCCGAGAUCAUGACGUUCGGUUACAAUGCGGAUUGGUUUGGCAAAGGUACUAGCGCAACCGCGUAUGAGAGCGGAUGCUUUCUUUUGCGCGAGCUCAAGGAAAUUAGGGGAAGACACAAGUCUCGACCCCUACUGUUUGUUGGACACAGUUUCGGUGGUCUUGUCGUAAAGGAGGCACUUGUCCAGGCGAGCAUUGAGCAGGACUACAGAGACAUUGGAGACGCUACCUGUGGCAUCAUCUUCCUCGGGACGCCUCAUCAAGGCUCCGGCGUUUCAGCCAUUGGGGCGCUUGUUGCCUGGCUCACAACAGCACUUUUCGGCUCAGACAUGACGCAGCUUGUAUACCUUCAGAAGCACGGUAAAGAGCUUGCGAACCUGCAAGCACGGUUCGCAAAGAGUAUUGUGGAAGGAAUCAAGAUGUUCUCUUUCUACGAGACACUACCAACUUGCUUCCACCAGAUCUCACUCGGACUUGUUGUCAACAGAGACUCUGCUGGCCUGGUCGGAGACAGCAUCUCAGUCGACAAAGAUCAUUCGGGUAUGAACAAAUGCAUUGACAGAGAGGAUCCGCUGUACAAAGACAUUUGUCGCGCGAUCCAGGGGAUACUCGACAACGUCAGAUCUGGGAAGAAAGGUCAGUGCGCCUUGACUAGCCGUACUCACUCCGACGCCGCUUACGAGAACCUUCGAACACAAUAG